CCGCACAUUAAGAGGUAUUUCCGGGCCUCGGCGCCUCAUCUGUAAAAAGACGGUCUGCGGGAAUUUCCACGAGAACCAUGGCUACCUACAGCCUGGCGAACGAGCGGCUGCGCGCCCUGGAGGACAUCGAGCGCGAAAUCGGCGCCAUCCUCCAGAACGCAGGAACGGCCAUCCUGGAACUGUCCAAGGAAAAAACCAACGAGCGGCUUUUAGACCGGCAGGCCUCAGCCUUCACCACUUCUGUACAGCACGUGGAGGCGGAGCUGUCUGCUCAGAUCCGCUACCUAACCCAGGUGGCCACAGGACAGCCCCAUGAGGGCUCCAGCUACUCUUCCAGGAAGGAUUGUCAAAUGGCGCUAAAGCGAGUAGACUAUGCCCGCCUCAAGAUCAGUGAUGUGGUACGAACCUGUGAACAGAUGCUGGAGAACUAAGUCAAGACGAUAUAGAGUGUGACCUGCACCUUGGGACAGAACCCAGAGACCGGUAGGAUGGGAGCAGAGUAAUACAUACAUGCCCUACUGGUCAGGGCGGCCGUGGACCACGGGGCAGAAAGAACUGGAGACUCUAAAGCCCAAGUGUGCCCACAGAUCUGUAGUGGCUCCUCCGGCAAGAUAGCCCUGCUUUCCACUACACAAGCACAGACAGGAGUCAGAGACACAGCUGCCUAACCCACUUCCUCAUGCACACCCUGCCCUAGAGUUCCAGAAGACUUGGCCCAAUAAAAAUCUAUUUUUAUUUUA